AUGACCGAAUUUCACGCCCUUGUACACUUGGCUGAUGAGCUGUUUGCACGUUUCGAGCAAAAAGGGAGACCUUCAGACCUUAGCCUUGUAGUUAUUCACUACCGCUCAGCCCUUGCUCUCGCCUCCUCGGAUCCGACACUCUCUAACGAUGUUCGCAGCAAGCUGCUCAGCAACCUGGCCAACAUACUCUCUGUUCGAUUUCAGCGCUGCGGCGACGUCGCCGACCUCACGCAGUCCAUUGAGUGUUAUGUGGCUGCGCUGGAACUGCGUCCCCCUGGCCACCCAGCCAGAGCUAGCACUCUGGCUAGUUAUGCCACUGCUUUACUGCUUCGCUACGGCCAACUCGGUGUCGAAGAAGACAUUGAGUUCGCAAUCGAGCAUCUCCAAGCCGCAUUAGAGAUUUUGCCUCCCACUGGCCCCAGUCGCCUCAUGUCCUUGAUUAAUUAUGCAAGCGCCUUGUUUUCCCGUUUCCAAUACACUGAAGAUAUCUCGGAUCUCGACAUGGCUAUUAGUCAUUACCAUGGGAUUUUAAACACUUGCCCUCUUGAAAACAAAGCUACCGCGUGUUACAACCUCGCUAAUGCUCUCCUAUCUCGAUUUAAAAUCCGCCAUGAGGCUGUCGACCUCAAUUCUAGCAUCGAAUAUUCGUAUGUCGCCCUGCAUGCAAUGAAAGAAGGUCAUCCUGAUCACCCAUUGAUCAUUACUGGCCUUGCAACUGGUCUUAUUAGGCGGUUCCAGUUGCGUGGAGGUGCCGCUGACCUUGGACCCGCCAUUACGAACUUCCAGCUGGCUCUAGACUUGCGUCCACCCGGGAACCCGACACGCUUCUCCGCGCCCAGCGAUAUUGCUGACGCUCUCGUAAUGCGCUACAAUCAUAGUGAAGAGUUAGUAGAUCUCCAAUUGGCCAUUGACCAUUACCGUGAGGCGCUGCGCCUACUUCCUCCCAAGCAUAAGAGCGAGCCGAUACUCCUCGAUAACCUUGGAAAUGCCCUUUUCCUUCGCCAGAUUAGAUUGGGAGACCUGAAGGAUCUGGACGAGGCAAUCGAAAAACAUCGUCUCGCGUUGGAUCUCUGUGCAGGAGAUUCAAUUAGGGUUGUCUUGAUGCUAGAAGCCUUAGCCAACUAUCAUGACGUCCGGUUCAAGAGGAAGGAAAAUCCCGCAGAUCUCCACUCUGCUAUUCAUUACUUCAACGAAGCCCUCUUGCUCGCCCCUGCUGAUCACCCCCACUACGUGUCAAUCUUAAACAGCAUUGCUUUGUGUCUAGGAACACGUUUCCAAGCUUACGGUGAACUCGCCGACUUAAAUAGGGCAAUUUCCUGUUGUCGUGAGGUUCUGGAGCUGCUAUCUCUGGGACAUCAGCGUCGGGCGUUGACGUUGCACACACUCGCCGAGGCUCUUCUUCAGCGCUUUGAAGAGACAGGGGAUGAAUUUGACAUCCAACAAGCCUAUCUGCACUCGUGCCUGAACGAGCCUCCUCCGAAAUACUGUGCUCGGAUAAUAAGGGCCCGGUUCCUCCCCUGGAAUGACGCUGAAGAUCUGGAGCCUGUUUUCCGGCAUCUCAGGAGCGCAAAAGACUCCUGCACGGCAGACGACCCACUCCUUCCUGAAGUCCACGCUGAACUGUCAACAGCAUAUUUUCUUCGCUACAUUCUCACACGGCGGCCUUCGGAGCUGAAGCAAGCACUGGGACAUCACCAGCUCAGCCUCGCCCUCGCAGAAGGCGCCUCAUCCCCUGCGUUCCGUGCUUCAAUGCAGUGGGCGAGGGAUGCAGAGAUAUAUAACCAUUCGUCGAUGGUCGAUGCAUAUCGAACUGCCGUACAAUUGCUAGGAUCGGCUCGUCCUAGAAACGAGGUGGCCAGAUAUCCGACAGUCUUUGGUGGAGCGCAACGUAGCCAGGUUGGCUGGCGAUGCUGCGUCAGCCUGCUGAGGACCAUUGGCAUGCUUGAGUACGCAAGAGGAUUGCUGUGGGCACAGCUUGUGCGGGUUAUGACAGCCCUGGAUGACCUGCGUGCUAUGGGUGAGCCGGGCGUGGGAUUAGCCAAAUUGGGAGCGUUUGCAUCAACCGCGCCAAAAAAGUCUAGGCCUUUGCUAAAGGCGAAAUACGCUGUGAUUGAUCAAAUCAGGCGGAAGCAAGGGUUCAAGGAUUUCCUUGCCCAACCGGAGUUCUCUCAGCUCCAGAAAGCAGCUAGCGAAGGACCUGUUAUCAUUACGACCACUGGCCAACGUUCGUGCGAUGCCCUCAUCGUGUGGCGUGCAGGGCCUCCAGUUCACGUACCCUUACCCGACAUAUCCCUUGCUGAUAUAUCGCUCAUGGCCUCGAAAUUCGAGGAUCUCACCAAGGGUACUGGUCAAGUACCUUGCAGCAAAACCCGCGAAUACCAACUUGCUGAGCUCCUGUCUGACCUAUGGGACCAGGCUUGUGCAUCCUAUCGUGCAGCAGCUGAUUCCCCAUACACCAAGAGGCUCCCGGUUGUGGUGGUGCCCUACGGGACAUCUGUCACCCAAUUACCGGUCCGCCGGACCACGCUGACGUCCGGCAUAUCUGGAUUCUUAAAAAGUAAGAAAUCAAAGCAGUCUCUGCUGCACCCAGACACUCCUUCGUCGUCACGAAGCGCGCUGGCCACAGUUGUUGCAAUCGGGCACCCAGAUUCCGAAGGCACUGACGACCAGUUCGACUUCGUGCGGAACUGCAUACCACCAACCGUGCCUUUUAAGGCCAUCGAAGGGGAGGAGGUAUCGCGGGUUACGGUUUCCAAUUCCCUGAAGGAAUCCAGCUGGGUGCACUUUGCGUGUCCGGUAGUGCAUGACUCCUCGCGGCCGUUUCGAAGCGCUUUCGAGAUGUGGGAUGGGAGUUUGACGGUGUAUGACAUCGCGCGCAUUCGACCGAGCGUGGAUUUUGCGUUCGUGUCCACGUGUCGAAUCGUCAAAAGGGACUCGGAUUCGGUUCACGAGUCAAUGAGCUUGCCUGCGUGUUUGCAGUACACUGGAUUUAGGAGUGUCAUCGGCCCGCUUUGGACGGUGGAUGCGGAGGUGACGCGACGAGUCGUAUCCUGUUUCUACGAGAAGGCGCGCAGCGCUGGAACUAUCCAUCAGCUCGACGCUGCCACUGCCUUAAAUGAAGCACUGAAGAUGAUUGGGGAAACGGUACCACUGUCGCAGCGGAUAGCUUUUGUACAUGUUGGAGUGUAA